UACCAUAAAUUCAUGAGACCACUUGCUUCUGAACGACAGACAUAAUAAUAAUAGCAGGGCCACUAAACGCCCGUAUCGAAACAAAUUGGACAAAUCUUAACCGGUUGAGAGGGGGUGCCAGGCUGAGCAAUUACUUGAAUUUUAUUUAUACUGCACGCAUAAAUGGACGAAGUGCAGAUAGAUGGUGUUUCAUCAGGAGAUAUGGAUGUAUUUAUCCUUUCAGGGCAAAGCAACAUGGCAGGCAGAGGAGGAGUAUCUGCCCAUAAAUGGGACUCUUUCAUUCCUCCUCAGUGUCAAUCACAUUCUUCCAUUCUCAGGCUCAAUCCUCAUCUUCAAUGGGAGAAAGCUCAUGUCCCUCUGCAUGCAGAUAUAGACAAACAUAAAACGUGUGGAGUAGGACCAGGAAUGACAUUUGCAAACACUGUGCUGAAACAUUACAGGGAUAAUGAAAAAGGUUCAUAUCGUAUUGGCCUGGUGCCCUGUGCAAUUGGUGGCACUGCCAUUAAAGAGUGGGAGAAAGGAAGUUUUCUGUAUAAUAGUAUGAUUCACAGGACAAAAGCAGCUCUUGCUAGAGGAGGUGUUCUGAGAGCUAUUUUGUGGUACCAGGGUGAAAGCGACGCAACUCACGAGAAAUCUGCUGAGUGUUACAAGGAAAAUUUAGAGAAGUUUAUACAUGACGUUCGUUCUGAUCUGCAACAGCCCAAUCUCCUUUUCCUUCAGGUUGCUAUAUCCAUGGGUGAUCUUCCAUACAGUGAAAAUGUGCAGAAAAUCAGGGAAGCACAAUUGGGAAUUAACAUUCCAAAUGUGUACUGUAUUGAUGCCAAAGGUCUACCUCAACAUGAGGACAAACUUCACUUGACAACAGAGGCACAGGUGCAACUUGGAAAAAUGUUAGCAGAUGCCUAUUUAAAAUAUGGCCUUUCUCAGGAUUCACCUAUGAAUUGUAGUGAAUGUUGCCAGGCACUGAGAGACUGCUCUGUAAUAUAAAUUCAGUCUAUUUGAGGUUCUAGCACCAAGGUGAUUCAAAUAGAUGAUACUCUGUAAAUGAUUUUCUUAUGUUAGGGUCACUAGAAGAGAAAUCAAGGCAAAUUCAUAAACAUAUCAAAUUCCAAUUUGUUAAGGCUUUGGAGUAAAUCUAUUUUGUUGUCAAUUCUUAAA